AUGCAAGAACACCCGGAAUGGUUCAGAAGUGAACGCAUAUGCCUGGUUGACAGUGGUCUCAACUUGUUAUGGCCUCCAAAGUAUGAAAUGUUCGUGAAGUUAGAGCCUAAUGCAUGGGGCUUGGGUAAGUUUUUACCACCAGACUCAAUGGAUUACUACUACGGGAAGAAGCCAAAAUCCCCAGCUAGAGACUAUGUUAGAGCCUAUUGUUGUCGUGAUGUCCUGCGUGAUCUGGCUGAUAUUGAGGACCGAGAGAACUAUCCGUUCGACAAAUUCACUUUUGAACGGGUUAAAAGGGUCCCUCUACAAGAUACUUCCGGGGACUGCGGAAUAUUCUGCCUCAAGUACAUUGAGUGCCACACACUCGGAAUACCGUUCACAAGUUUGGCUCUUUGCGGGAAGAAGAUCAAGGCUAUAAGGGCGAAAAUGGCAUGCGACAUAUUCCACGAGACGAAGUGUAAAGGCCCUGCCACCCGUAGUUGGGCACAUUUGGAUGCGUUCGAUGAGCCUACAUGA